AUGUUCAGCAGCACCAAGAUCUUCGCUUUGUACGCUGUCGCUAUGGCCGUUUCUAACCGUGGCGCACAUGCUGAAAAAGCAGUCGCCGAGACGUUUGGACUACUCGGUGGUCACGGUGUGGGUGUAGCCGUCCCGGGUGUUGCAAGCGUCGGUGUCGCAGGUUACGUAGGAGUGAAUGGCCUUGGUGUUGGUGUCGGCUGA